AUGGAUCACGCCAGCUUGCGUCCUGGGCUCGUUACACAGCCUGGAAGCGGCGGUCGCCAGCACGCACCAGUAAGCGAGGACGACAGCCGCCUGGCCCAGGCCUCGACCCAAGUCUCUCUCAACAUCCACUCCGCCUCUUCACCUGCCCAUAUCUCGUCCUCACAAUCCUCCUCUUCCUCGACGACACACCUCCGCGCCUUUGAUCCUUCUGAUCCGACGACACUCUCGAUCAAGCCAAUGACGUCGACGGCUGCUCCAACAUCAGCAUCAAUAUCAAGAGCAACACCAGACGCAACAGGUGCAGCCUCCGUAUUAGGAGUCGGAGCCACCAACACAUCGACAGCAACGGACCCCGCGUCCCUCACCGCCAUUGAAUCAAACCAUGAACGGCGCGGCAGCGCUCUGACAAUACAAGAGCCACACCACACACACGUCCACGACCACGAUCACGACCAGCAGGCCGCCGACACCGAAAAGGACUGUGACCACCGCCGGCCCGAGGAAGAAGACGGGUCCCGUCGCCCCAAGAUGUCCUCCCAACUCAUGAGCAAGACGGUCGCCCCGUUUCUCAAGGACCACAUCCCAGGCCUCUACUCGCCCAUGACCAAGCGCGGCACCAUCAAGGACAUGGAAGGCCAGAACAAAGACCCCAACAGCCGCUACUGCUACCGCCACCGCCCCGACUCCAAGUGCCGCCGCGCCGCCGACGAGUCCAAGAUGGUCAAGAUCCAGCAAGAACUCGAGAACCUCAAGCCCGACGACCAGCAGGCCAUCACCCACGUCUGGUCCUUGUUCUCCGCCGCGCCUGCCAAACAGCGGGACCUGAUGCUACAGGGCAUCAUGACCCAGUGCUGCUUCCCACAGCUGUCCAAGGUCUCCCGCGAAAAGAUAAGUAACCCCACCCCCUCGCCUACAUCCCCGUUUGUUCUCUGCUAUCUGGAUCCGGUCUCCCUUUGCAAGGCUGCUGUGGUGAGCAAGGAAUGGCGCGCGCUGGCCGAUGACGACCACGUCUGGCAUCACAUGUGCGAGCAGCACAUUGACCGCAAGUGCACAAAGUGUGGCUUCGGUCUGCCCUUGCUCGAGCGCAAGCGCCUGCGUGGCUGGACUCGCAACCAGCAGCUGACCAACGGCCAGCAGACAGACGCCGACAAGCCUCGCAUCCCCACCCACGCACCGACCCUCCCGGCCCCCAGCUCCCUUCGCGAAGCACCCAGCCCACUAAAGCGCGACGCCAGCGAUUUCUUCACCGACGACCUCGUGCUCGCCAAGCGCCCUUGCACGGAUACGGUUGCCAGCUCAAGCACGAGCGAGAGUGCUGGUGGCAGCGGCGGUGGAUCCAAUGCCGGCGCCGCCGGCUCCAGCUCCAGCUCCAACUCCAGCGUCGGGGCCACCGAGCGCGACCUCGAGCUGGCUCGCGCCCUCGAGCAGGACCGCAAGCCGCGCGCCUGGAAGGACGUCUACCGCGAUCGCUUCCGCGUCGGCUACAACUGGCGCAACGGCCGGUGCGCCGUCAAGGUGUUCCGCGGGCACACCAACGGCGUGACCUGUUUGCAAAUCGACGACGUCAUGAUGGCCACGGGCUCCUACGACGCGACCAUCCGCAUCUGGAAUCUCGAGACGGGCGAGCAGACGCGUGUCCUGCGCGGCCACAUGCAGGGCAUCCGCUCGCUGCAGUUUGACGACAAGAUUUUGGUCAGCGGCUCGCUCGACGGCACCAUGAAGAUCUGGAACUGGCACACGGGCGAGCUACUCAACACCCUCGUGUGCCACCAGGGCGGCGUCAUCAGCGUCCACUUGGACGGCGCGUGGCUCGCGUCGGGCUCGACCGACAAAACGAUCAAGGUGUUCAACUUGAAGACGAAGGAGUCUUUCACCCUCAAGGGCCACUCCGACUGGGUCAACCAGGUGCGCAUCGACGGCACGGCGUCGCGCACGCUCUUCUCAGCAUCCGACGACUGCACGGUCAAGCUGUGGGACCUCGAGUCCAAGCGGUGCAUCCGCACAUUUGAGGGCCACGUCGGCCACGUCCAGCAGGUGCUGACCCUGCCGGCGGACUUUGAGCCCGACGAAGACCCCGUGGCCAGCGGCCACAAGGACAAGGCCGACACGUCGUCGGUCAACAGCGGCCGCGGCGGGUCCCCGGUGGGCAGCGGCGAGGUGCUCGGCGACGACGAGUACGCGACGCGUGCCGCCUACGGCCCCGGCUUCUUGAGCAACCCCAACCGCCCGCUGCCCAACCGCUACAUCCUGAGCUCCGCGCUCGACAGCACCAUCAAGUGCUGGGAUACGGCGACGGGCAAGUGCGUGCGCACCUUCUUUGGCCACCUCGAGGGCGUCUGGGCGCUGGUGGGCGACACCCUGCGCGUCGUGUCGGGCGCCAACGACACGAUGGUCAAGGUGUGGGAGCCGCGGUCGGGCAAGUGCGAGCGCACAUGGACGGGGCAUAGGGGCCCGGUGACGUGUGUCGGCCUCAGCGACUCGCGGCUGGCGAGCGGUAGCGAGGACGGCGAAGUGCGGCUGUACUCGUUCCAGGACCGGGCCGGUCUGGAGGAGUACGGCACGCCAAGCUGA